UUGGAAACAUAAUAAAAACCCUCCCUAUCCCCUCUUUGGGACAUCGAACACCUGAACAAGUGUUACUUGCGUAGUUGCAUUUGCAUUUUUGCAAAGCUUCCAAGCUGUGCAGAGAGCAAAACCUGAAAACCACAAAGAUGAAGCACCAUUUUUCCCUCUUCUCAUUUUCACUUGUCCUUCUCUUCCUCCACUGCACCCAAACACUAUCCCAGUCUCCUACUUCAGCACCAGCAAAAGCACCUGCUGCAGCCUCUGCACCUCCACCAGCUGCGACCUCGUCUGCACAGGCCUCGCCGCCCGUUAUGGUUCCUGUACAAGUUUCGAAAGGUCCUGUCAAUGUCAUUAAAAUCCUCCAAAAGGCUGGCGGCUUUGCGGUCUUUAUCCGCAUUAUAAAAUCCACUCAAGAGGAUAUCCAAAUAUUCUCCCAACUCAAUGACUCCAGAGAUGGCGUCACCAUCUUUGCCCCAACCGAUGGGGCCUUUUCAGCCAUUAUCAAAUCAGGUGUUCUUAACUCCUUAAGUGAUCAUCAGAAGAUUGAGUUGGUGCAGUUUCAUAUUAUACCAAGAGUUCUUACAACUGCCAAUUUUCAGACUGUCAGUAACCCUAUAACGACACUGGCAGGAUCUGGUAGUCGUUUCGCUCUUAAUGUGAUAACCACAGAAAAUAUGGUGAAUGUAACUUCAGGACUCACCAAUACAAGCGUAUCGGCAAUUGUAUACACUGAUAGCCAGCUUGCUAUCUAUCAGGUGGACAAGGUGCUACUUCCUUUGGAUAUUUUUGCCCCUAAACCUCUUGCUCCUGCUCCAGCACCACCAAAGCCUAAAAAGGAUGAUGGUGCAGACACUCCUAUGGUUCCAAAGGAUAUUUCUGGUGCAGUAAGCUGUGUCAUGCUUAAUACUAUGCUUAAUACUAUGCUUAUUUCCGGAGUUAUCAUAGUUGCUGCAGUUUUUUCUUUGUGACCCUGGUGUUUUGACAAGGUAUCAAUUUCUUCAUCAGUGGUUCAUGAUUCUGCGGGUUGUAAUGAACUGUGGUGUUUAAAAGGUUCAUUGCUUUGAAUAAUUGUCAUUUCCUUUCAAUUCUAUUUGUGUUCU